AUGCAACCAGGUAUGGAUAUAGCUCGUAUUCAGGCUUAUGCUCAAGGGUCAGAGGAUCGUAGGCACCAGCGAGAGUCAAUCUCGGAGCAGAGUAGUAGUCAGCCCAAGAGGGCUAGGCAGAGACAGAGUUCUUAUGUAUCGGGUUCUCAGCAGCAGGUGGGGUCAGGGCAGGAGGUGAUGCCCCCUCCUCGAUGUGCGACUUGUGGGAAACGUCAUGUAGGACUGUGUCGUCAGGGUGUAUGCUAUACUUGUGGUGAUCCGGGGCACUAUGCUAGAGAUUGCCCACAAAAAGUGGGUAGUAUUGUUCCUGAGAAUUCGGUAACAGAAUCGUCACCCUCAGUGAGAGCCCCAGAGAUAGGACUCCAGACAUCUUCCGACCGAGGUAGGGGGCAAAGGUGGAGCAUCUAG